UUACAUCUUUUUUUUUUUUUCCUGAUACAAGUAGCAGAAACCCUUUCUUAAUAACGACCCAUGUCUCUUUCCUAUUUCGUGUCAAAACUGUUUCUAGCAGUCGCCCCCAGUAGCCAGGAUUUUCUCAGUGGUUUUUUCCUUUCCCACCUUAAUUAUUUUUAUUACAAUUUUUGGUCCCUUGCCUCGCUUCUGGAAUAGUCAACAUUCACUGAGAUUUCACAGUAACUGGAAUAUUUACACUAGGACAUUAUGAUUCAGACAAAGCAUGUUUUCCAGUUGUACGACCUUAAUUUGGGGCUCGUAGCAUAAUCAGAGGAAACCUGACUCCUGGGGGGGUGUGGGCACUAUUCCUGCACCACUUAGCCCGGGAUGUCCUGAAGUGAAUCACACUUGCCCCUGUCUCCAGACCCUCCCCCCCACUGAGGUAGGUGACCCCUGUCCCCUUGGUGACCACUGCAAACUAUUAUCAACCACUCCUGUGUUAUCAACAUCCAACUUCAUGUGAAGGGCUGUGGUGAAAUUCUGGAACUUGAAUAGGAAGUUGCUUUUCUAAACAGCCUGACACAGAGGGCAGGCAGGGAGGCUAUAAAGUCUGGGUUGGGCAGACAGCCUAGAGGAAGCCAAGGCGCAGAGGAGAUGGCCAGCUGCCUAAAAGCCAUCUGGAACUGGAGAUUUCAGACAGUGAUCUUCAGAACUGCCCAACUCCUUUGCUUCAGUGCCCUAAUCUUUGAAUUAAUAAAGCAGAAAGAAGUGGCAGCAUGGACCUAUAAUUACAGCAUCAAAGCAUAUUCAUGGAAUUAUUCCCGGAUGUUCUGCCAGAAGCAUUACACGGAUUUAGUGGCCAUCCAGAAUAAAAAAGAGAUCGCUUACCUCAAUGAUGUCAUGCCUUACUUCAACUCUUACUACUGGAUUGGGAUCCGAAGGAUCAAUAAUAAAUGGACCUGGGUGGGAACCAAAAAGGUUCUCACCAAAGAGGCCGAGAACUGGGCUGACAACGAGCCCAACAACAAGAAGAACAACCAGGACUGUGUGGAGAUCUACAUCAAGAGCGUGUCGGCCCCUGGCAAGUGGAACGAUGAGCCCUGCUGGAAAAAGAAGCGGGCACUAUGCUACACAGCGUCCUGCCAGGACAUGUCCUGUAGCAAGCAAGGAGAGUGCAUUGAGACCAUCGGGAACUACACCUGCUCCUGCUUCCCUGGAUUCUAUGGACCAGAAUGUGAAUAUGUCCAAGAGUGUGGGGAAUUUGGUCUCCCCCAACAUGUGCUCAUGAACUGCAGCCACCCUCUCGGGAACUUCUCCUUCAAUUCAGAGUGCAGCUUCCACUGCGCCGAAGGGUACGAAUUGAAUGGACCCAGCAAGCUGGAAUGUUUGGCUUCUGGAACGUGGACAAAUAACCCACCGCAAUGUAUAGCUGCCCAGUGCCCACCCCUAAAGACUCCUGAGCGAGGAAGCAUGACGUGUCUUCCCUCUCCGGAAGCGCCCCAAUACCAGUCCAGCUGCCACUUUGCUUGUGAAGAGGGAUUUGCAUUAGUUGGGCCAGAGGUGUUGCAGUGCACAGCCUCGGGGGUGUGGACAGCCUCACCCCCAGGGUGUGAAGUUGUGCGGUGUCCGCUCCUGGAAGCCCCUGGCAAAGGAACCAUGGACUGUGUUCAUCCCCUCACUGCCUUUGCAUAUGGCUCCAGCUGCAGAUUUGAGUGUGAACCUGGCUAUCAAGUGAGAGGCUGGGCCACUCUCCGCUGCAUUGGCUCUGGCCAGUGGACCGCACCCUUGCCAGCCUGUGAGGCCAUUGCCUGUGAGCCACUGGAGAGUCCGGUUCAUGGAAGCACAGAUUGCUCCCCACUCUCGGGACCGCUGCCAUACAAUACCAGCUGUAGCUUCCAUUGUGCUGAUGGCUUCAGGCUGAAAGGAGCUGACAUGGCCCAGUGUACUGACUUGGGACAGUGGACAGCGCCCGCCCCGGUCUGUGAAGCGCUGCAGUGUCAGGAUCUUCCGGCUCCAGACAAGGCCCAGGUGAACUGCUCCCACCCGUUUGGAGCCUUUCGGUACCAAUCUACCUGCAGCUUCUCCUGUGACGAGGGCUUACUCCUGGUGGGAGCAGGCGAGCUGCGGUGCUUGGGUACGGGGACCUGGAGUGCUCCUCCCCCACAAUGCCAGGCCUUUACCUGCACACCUCUGCUAAGCCUUCGGAAUGGAACAAUGACCUGUGUCCAGCCUCUUGGAGAUUCCAGUUACAAGUCCAGAUGCCAAUUCACCUGUGAUGAAGGAUUCUCUUUAUCUGGACCAGAAAUAUUGGAUUGUACUCCAUCUGGACAUUGGACAGGUCCCCCACCAACAUGUGAAGCCAUCAAGUGCCCAGAAUUAUUUGCCCCAGAGCAGGGAAGCCUGGCUUGUUCUGACACCCGCAGAGAAUUCAGUGUUGGCUACACCUGCCAUUUCUCCUGUAACAAGGGCUUUAAGCUGGAGGGAUCUAAUGAUGUUGAAUGCACAGCUUCCGGAAAAUGGACAGCACCUCCACCAACCUGCAAAGCAGGUGUGGUAUCAGCUCCUCUCUCAGAGGUUCGAUGCCCAGGCCUCAUCACUCUGGAGCAAGGAACAGUGUCCUGUAGGCAUGGUCUGGGAACCUUUGGCCCGAAUACCACGUGUUACUUUGGAUGCCACGCUGGAUUCACCCUCACGGGAGGCCGUGUUCUCAGAUGCAGGCCUUCGGGACAAUGGACGGCGGGAGCUCCCACGUGCAGAGCCGUCAAGUGCUCUGAGCUGCAUGUUACCGAGCCAGGCACGAUGAACUGCUCCAACCCCUGGGGAAAUUUCAGCUACGGCUCAACUUGCAGCUUCCGUUGUCCAGAAGGCCAGUUACUUAAUGGCUCAGCGAGAACUGCAUGCCAAGAGAAUGGCCAGUGGUCAACCCCCAUGCCAACCUGCCAAGCAGGGCCGCUGACUAUCCAGGAAGCCCUGACUUACUUUGGCGGGGCAGUGGCUUCUACAAUAGGUUUGGUGACGUGUGGGACCCUCCUGGCUCUCCUAAGAAAGCGUUUCAGGCAAAAAGAUGAUGGAGAAAGCCCCUUGAACCCUCAAAGCCACCUAGGAACAUACGGAGUUUUCACAAAUGCUGCAUUUGACCCAAGCCCUUAAGAGACCUGUCCUCCUGGUCACCUCACUGAACUCCAUAGGAUCCUAUUUUUGAACAUCAGGCUUCCUGCCAGACUGGGCUGUAACUGUGGCAUAUUUGCUGCAGCUUUCUGGAAAUACUUGUAAAAAAAAAAAAAGGCAUGAAGUUUCCUGUAGAUUAGUCCUGGAUGACAGCAGAAGGAUUGUGCCACAAGCCCGAACUCUCCACCCACCCUUCCUGCUUCACCUCUUCCUUAAGCCUCAGCAGCCAGGACUGGAUGCCUGCAGUGGUCUGUGGGUUUUGCCCAGCUGUCCCUUUCUUGAAAGACUCAUUAGCCAGAGACUGAAGCAUCUGACUUACCAGAAGACCAGACCGUGGAAACAUAAAAAAAAUGCCUCUAUUUUUGGAUUGGAGGAAGGCAUACUCUACUUUGUUGGGAGGCAGGUGGUAUCUGUGACUUGAGGGGACUUCUAGAAGGUCUUCUGGGGUCUCCAGUGCUUGCCCUUCAUGAAGCUUAUCACACCCUGGCUGCAAGCCUUCCAAGAAGCCUCUGGUUGGCACCAGAGGGUGCAGAAGACCAAGAAUCAAGACAGGAAGGCACGUGUCGCCUUCCCUCCACCGGUCAGUCCGCCCAAAAGGACCUCAAGACCAAAAUUCAAAUGUGCAAUUAAAAGGAUUCUUCCCAAA